GCUCAUGACCUUGCUUACCUGGGAGUAAGCCCUGUGGAAGUCAAGAGGGCUUACUUCUGAGUAGGCACGGUUGGGGUGGUGCGGUCUCCCUUGAAUUAGAGUUGGGAAAUGUGUGAUUGGCCGUGGGCUGGCCUCCAGGAAAGUUCUACUCCAGAGGAGACCCACUGAAACUAAUGGAGCCCAGCCGUGCCUGUUGAUUUCAGCGGGCCUGCUCUGGCCAAGGUUGGGUCCAGUCCUGCUUUUGACUGCAUGAAGCGCUUAGGCAUUAUUUUCCCCAGAAAAUUUAUGCUCGAAAGAGUUUUGCGCUGCCUGGAUCCACUGCAUCAUUACUCUAAAGUAAGCCCCGUGGUGCAGGGGCUUCUUCACUCCCAGCAAAGCCCGGCGGGAAUCACCUUUACUCGGAAGUAAAGAAGGUCCUACCUCACGUCCCAAGGUGAACUUUCUGCAUCGGCUCAUCCCGUUACCAGCCCAGCCCUCUGCGCGUUUACUUGGAGAUAUAUAUAUCUAUCUGCAUGGCCCAGUACUUGGAUACACUGCCCUGGCAUCUUAGGCAGACAAGAAACUGUCUCAUCUUCGCCGCCGUUCCACCUGCUCCAGUCCCAUCAUGAAGAAAGAAGUUUGCACCAUCUCUUUUCUCCGAGCUGUCUUCGCCGAGUUCUUAGCCACUAUGAUUUUUGUCUUCUUUGGCUUAGGCUCAGCUCUGAAGUGGCCUUCAGCCUUGCCGAGUGUCCUCCAGAUCUCCCUGGCUUUCGGCUUGGCCAUUGGCACUAUGGUACAGACAUUUGGUCAUGUCAGUGGCAGCCACAUCAACCCGGCAGUGACCAUUGCCUUCUUUGUAGGAAGUCAGAUCUCUUUCCUCCGGACAUUGUUCUACAUUGCGGCUCAGCUGGUGGGGGCCAUCGCUGGCGCAGGUAUACUUUAUGGAGUGACUCCUAUUAAUGCCCGUGGAAACCUGGCAGUCAAUGCGCUCAGCAACAACACAACCGCAGGCCAGGCUGUGGUGGUGGAGAUUAUCCUCACCUUCCAGCUUGUUAUGUGUGUUUUUGCCUCGACUGACAGACGCCGUAAUGACUAUGUGGGCUCUCCUUCUCUGUCCAUUGGACUGUCUGUCACCCUGGGCAACUUUGUUGGGAUCUAUUUCACUGGCUGCUCUAUGAAUCCUGCCAGGUCUUUCGGGCCUGCUGUUGUCAUGAAAAGAUUCACUUCAGCUCACUGGGUCUUCUGGGUAGGCCCCAUCUGCGGAGGCAUCCUGGCCUCUCUGAUUUACAACUACCUUUUGUUGCCCCAUGCAAUGAAUAUGUCCGAGAGGGUCGCAAUCAUGAAAGGCACCUAUGAGUCAGAAGAAGAGUGGGAAGAGAAAGAGAAAAGCAUGGAAAUGUCUUCCCCAUAAGUGAAAGCACUUUGGGUGAGAAGGAAGAGAAGAAUCUGACAAGCACCCCCAUGCCGAAUGAACACUGACUAUAUGCCUUCUAAUCUAAAGAAUAAGUCGCUUCCACUGGUGCCAAAGGUUUGAAGAGGGAAUGAGAGAGACAUUACUUGUGUAAACAACCAUUGUGAGCACGUGGCUACAUGUGUCUGUGGGGGUGCACAGGAAAAAGAUGGCUGGAGAAUAGGCAGUUCGAACACAGUCUGUUUUGGGAAUGAUGCAUUCAAAGUGCAACCCCAGACAAGAACGGUCUCAACCUCUUGAGACCUACAAAAGCCUGGAAAUGCUUUAGAGCUACAGCUGGCAUCUUAGCAUUUGCAACUAUGCGUGGUGGAUUCAAUCAUUUGUUUAGCUGUUUGUGUUUCCCUUCCUGAUGGGGCCGCAGAAUAAGUCCUCCCAGGUCCGUAUAUACCUUGGACUUUCAAGGUUUGGGGGCAAGGUUGCCUGAGGUUAAAUUUCCUGGUCUUGGUCAAUUUCAUAUAUGCAAUAAGGCUUUCAACUAGCUUGUUUUUGGUACAUUUAAUACAUCACCAAUCCAUGUACACUAUAAAUAUUCACAAGAACCCAUCUGGGCAGAAUUACAGAGAGGUGUAUGGAAAAGGACAAAGACAUUUGACAGAAGUUUUAAGUUGAAGGCAAUCAGAAUUUGUGUGAGAUGAUCCCACAGAAGCACACCAGCCUUUCAAAAAAACAACCAAAAGGCCACACAUACAACCUGUUGUCUUAAGCCCAUAAUUGGCUCUUUGGGCACAACAUAGUGAGUUGGGGGUGGGGCAAAUUUCUUUAAAACCGGUUGGACUCAUUCCAUUAUUUUUGAUCUUCCCAAUUAAAAACUCCCUUAGAUUCAUGGAUUAAAGGAAAACACAGUGCCGAGUCUUGUUUUGACUUGACUUCUAUCUCAUGUGGGUUCAAACAAGCAGCAAAAAAUGAGGAGAAACCAUUUCUAGAUCUACUCUACGUUAGAUUCAUUCUCCUUUAGAUCUAUGGACAUCCGAGCUCCUACUCUACCCUUCUGCCCCUAGUCUGUGUGUGAAAAAGGAUUGCCAGCAAUUCUGGUGCCUGGGUAGGACCAGGUAUCAAGAGGUUAGGCCUAGAGGAGGCAGAGUCGGGGGGGGGACUGGCGAGAGUGGAGCUAAUAACAAAAUCUGGAGGUCUGGCACCAGUGGCUGGUGCUGGCAGAGGUGUUAGGCCCAGACAGGGCUUGGAAUCUAGAACCCCAUACCCACCAUACAUUUAAAGCAGUAUUAUACCCCUUUAAACAGUCAUGGCUUCCCCCAAAGAAUCCUGGUCUGUAGAGGGUGCUGAGGCCCUGAUUCCCCACACAGAGUUACAAUUCUCAAUGAUUUAACAAUCAAUCCUACUUCCCUUGGAACUCUGGGAAUCCUAACAACUCUAAGCUCCCUUAGCAGACUACAGUUCUCAGGAUUCUUUGAGGGAAGCCAUGAUUGUUUAAAGUGGUAUAAGAGUGCUUCAAAUAUAUGGUGCAGAUGUGGCUUGGUGAGAGUGAAGGAGCUACACAGGGAAAGGUAUGUGAGAGUAGUCUCCACUGCUAUCCCUGACACAAUCUCCAUGUAGCUCUGGCCCCAUUCAGCUCCUCCUUCCUUGGUCAGUGGAAGGGCUUGGCUACAAAGGAAACACACAUGUAUGUGCUUUGCUAACUCAGUAAUUCAUGCAGCAGCAUGUGAAAUGGAGCCCUCAGCUCAGCUCCUGAGGGCAGUAGAUGUGUGGGUAGUAGAUGUGGGCUUCAGCAAAAAUCAUGUGUGCUAAGUGAAAGCAGCGCAGCUGAAUUUUGCUCCAAAAAACCCCCUCCCAACGAUGCUAAAAACAAAUUCUACUGGCCCCACAGCCUGGCUGUUAAACAAAAUAAUGUGGCAAUUGAUCCAUAUUUUUUAAAGGCAGACAAAGACAAGAAGAAACCCCAACACUCCCCACCUCCAAAAAAAUCCAGGGAGUGUUUUGUUUUUUCCUGGUUAACUGGCAACCCUUCAGACAAAGGGAAGAUAGUCUUGGUUACUCCACCAAGAGGUAAGCAGGGGCAUGAUGACAGCCUGAACCAAAUAACAGACGUCCUGUGGGUGUUGUUAGGAACAUCUGAGAUGUGCAAGGAAGUCAAUUAUAUGGAAAUCCAGAAAACAUUAUAUGUCUGUUGGCCCGUUCCAAAGCUUCGUAACUUGAGCAUGGAGGAGGCAGGCUGCUGUUUUCUGCACUGGCUGGUGUCUAAUUGCAUUUAAUUUGCUGCUUAAGAAGAAAUGCCAUUUGUUUUGUUAUUAUGAGAGUUUCUGUAAUGUAUUAUUUAUUAUCAAUAAAAAAGAGAA